CCGAAGUCACUGCAUCGCCGACACGUACCGGGCCUUCCGCUUCGCCAUUAACGUUGAUAACUGGAUGAAUGUUCCCGAGGCGUCGUUAGAGGACGUGCGCAGCACGGCAAGCGACGUCUGGCAAGCCUUCAAGGAGCUGCUAGCCGAGGAAAACCGGACGCUGCUUGGCAGCAGGAGGCCGCCGCCCAAGGACGCGUACCUGGAGGCCCUAUUUAAACACCGGAGGCUGUCCAGGCCCGACAAGGUUAGCGCCUUCUACGCCUCCGUGCCCGCCAUGACCAAGAAGCCGCUCUACAACUACGUGGCCGUCCAAAGAGCAAUGGCUGGCCACAUGCGGGACCCGGAGUUCCUGGACAUGGACCAGGCAGGGAAGAUCGAGCAGUCCAGUGGCCUUCGGGCGUACAGCCUGGUGCCGUGCGAACUCGAGUUCCCGUGGCUGGGGCCGGGAAGGCCUUACGCCCUCGCCCUGGCAGGAUUGGGCGUUCGAAUGGCCGCAACGCUCUACUUCCAAUCAAUAGCGAGGCUCGCCAACUCCACCGAGAACAAUGCCGCCAACUUCAGGCAAGGAAAAAUUAUGGAAAUCGUUUAG